AGAGACGCUUCAGUUCUUAUGGACGGGACCACAGAGACCCGCUGAAAGUCACCCGAACCGUUAGCCCCCUAGCCACCGGCUAAGCUAACCGGGUGUAUUUUUCUCAGCGUUAGGGGGAAACUUUGUUGUGGUUUUUUUUUCUUGCGGCAGGUCUCCGUACACUUUCGCUGUGAAAGGAUGCAGCGCAGUGCUCUUUGUUAGUAACAACUGAACUCAGUCUGUCUCCACCUCAAGUGAUCUGAUUUAAAAAUGGCGAUGCGGACGGGGAUCUUGUGUCUGGCUCUGCUGGGCCUGAGCGCAGCGCUAGUCUGUCCUGAUGGAGGCAUGUGUGAGGACAAGAACACCUGCUGCAAGAACACCGUGGGAGGAUACGGAUGCUGUCCGCUGCCACAUGCUGAGUGUUGUUCAGACCACCUCCACUGCUGCUACGAGGGGACCCUGUGUGAUCUGAUUCACAAGAGAUGCGUUAAUAAGACAGUUUCCCUACCCUGGAUGACACGUCUUCCUACCAGAGAGGCCCUGCUCGUCCCUCAGCUCAGCGAGAGAGUGAAGGCAGUGAUUUGUCCGGAUCACGAGUCUGAGUGUCCGGAUGGAACCACUUGCUGCCAGCUUCCUGACAGCUCCUGGGGCUGCUGUCCAUUAGCCAGGGCGGUGUGUUGUGAGGAUAAGCGCCACUGUUGCCCCGAGGGAACAAAGUGUGAUCUUGUUCACUCAAAGUGUGUUUCCGCCUCACUGGAGUCCAUCCCCAUGCUGGAGAAACUGCCUGCCAGAAGGAGGGAGAAUAAUCCAGCUUCGACUGUCGGCUCAGUGGUGUGUCCUGGUGGGAAAAGCAGCUGUCCAGAUAGUUACACCUGUUGCCUGCUAACCAGUGGAGACUAUGGCUGCUGCCCUUACCCAAAGGCCACGUGCUGCAGCGAUCAUCUCCACUGUUGCCCCAGCAACACAAUAUGUGACCUGGAGCGCGGGAUGUGCAGGUCUGGUGAGACCAACGUGCCAAUGCUGAAGAAGAUCCCUGCUGUGUCCAGCGACAUUGAGUGUCCAGACAAGAAGUCGGCCUGUCCUGAUCAGACCACAUGCUGCCAGAUGGGCAACGGCUCAUACGGCUGCUGUCCCAUGCCUGAUGCCGUCUGUUGUUCAGAUCACAUCCACUGCUGCCCUGAGGGCACAGAGUGCGACCUGUACCACAGCACCUGCAUGGCCCGGGGGGACAGCGCCGUGGCCUCCGAGACCCCCGCUGCUCUGGAACAGCUGGUGGCAGCACAGAGCCAGGUCGCUGCUGUUCCCUGUAAUGACUCUGUGGCCUGCGCCGACGGAAACACCUGCUGUAAAUCGUUAGAGGGAGAAUGGGCCUGUUGUCCUUUACCUAAGGCCGUGUGUUGCGAGGACCACCUGCACUGCUGUCCCCACGGCACCGUCUGUAACCUGGCGGCCUCCACGUGCGAUGACCCCGCGGGCAGCGCUGUGAUGCCUUGGCUCGGACACGUGCCCGUCUUCCCCUUACUGACCGCUAACACCAAGUGCGACAAAUCCGCGUCGUGCCCCGGAAAAUCGACCUGCUGCAAGACGGCAAGUGGAGGCUGGGCCUGCUGCCCUCUGCCUCAGGCUAUGUGCUGUGACGACCACCUCCACUGCUGCCCUCACGGUACGGUCUGCAGCCUGGCGGCUGAGGCUUGCGAGGACCCGACAGAUUUCUCACCUUCCCUCCCCUGGGUGGAGAAAGUCCCCGCUCUGACCUCAGAGGUUCAGGGCGAGAAAUGCGACAAGCAGACCAUGUGUCCAGGAGGCACCACCUGCUGUAAGAAAAACUCUGGACAGUGGGCCUGCUGCCCCUUACCUCAGGCCGUGUGCUGCAGCGAUCAUGAGCACUGCUGCCCCAAAGGCUACACGUGUAACGUGGCCGAGCAGACCUGCGACAAGCCCGGAGACCUGAGCCUGCCCUGGCUGCAGAAGAUACCGGCCCUGCAGAGGGAGCCCAACCAGGCCGUUUCCAGCCCAACUCGGCCGGCCAAGAACAUGUGUGACGCCCAGACCAGCUGCCCCCAGGACACGACCUGCUGCUUCAUGGACAAGACCCGCAAAUGGGGCUGCUGCCCUCUGCCAAAGGCCAUCUGCUGUAAUGAUGGGAGCCACUGCUGCCCCAGCGGUCACACCUGUGAACCUCACCGGUCCUCCUGCUCAAAGGGCCCCCACGUUAUUCCCUGGUUCACCAAACUGAGCGCUCUGACCGAGCCGGGCAGCGUGAGCGACGUUAAGUGUGACGACAAAAGCAGCUGCGCCUCAGGAACGACCUGCUGUAAGCUACCGACGGGAGAGUGGGGCUGCUGCCCUCUGGUCAAGGCGGUUUGUUGUGCGGACCACGAGCACUGCUGCCCUCAGGGCUACAACUGCAACAUGGAAACGGGAACGUGCGAGAAGAAGAGCCGCGAUGUGCUCAUCCACACCCUCCCUCAGAGCGAGGUGGUACGGUCCGUGCCGAGGGAGACGGAGGACGACGCGGACGUGCCGUGUGACGGCAAGGGGGAGUUUCGCUGCCCCAAGCAGGACACGUGCUGCAAGAUGUCGGCCACAGAGUGGGCCUGCUGCCCCUCACCCAGGGCUCUCUGCUGCUCCGACUCAAGGCACUGCUGCCCCGUAGGAUACUCCUGCGACCCGCGGGCUGGAGGCUGCGCCCUGAAAACCCAGCUGACCUGGGACGCUUUGCUGGGGGACAGAAAGAGAGACUUUGUCCCCCGUGGACUUUAAUGCCGCUGAGGGGGCGCUGAUCCUCCUCAGACCUCAGUCCAUAACAUCCAUCUACAGCUCGUGUUGUCUGAGGACAAUGGGGGCUUUUUUCCCGACGUCCCGUUUGUUUUGUAUGUGACGGAAGUGUAUUUACCGAGUUUUUGCACUCCCGGGUAUUUCUGGUGGUAGGUGUGGAGGAUGUUUAGUGCGAGACAGAAAGAAAAAAAGAGGCGCACGCCGCAGUCGUCCAUGACAAUUAAGACAUUAUAAUGAAGUAGAAGCGCUGUGGUAGGAGAAUCGUGACAGCCCGUCAUUCACUGAAAUUCGUGAUGACGUUUCAACAGUGGGCAGGAGUCUUUCCUGCUUUGCGCUUUGCAGAAGAUCCAUCAUCAGUAUGUGGCAGACAGUGACACCACCGUGACGAGUACAGGGAGGACGCACUGCGCAGCUCUGCAGCGUUUCUCUUCAAGGUUACAGUUAAUGUCUAGAUCUACAUUUUCUAAUAGUGUCCACGAACCCAACGAAAACCGUAAAGCCAACAAUGCGUCAGUCGGUCCCUCGGCACUUUCUGGCCUCCCCUCCCUGUGUGUGGCCCUCAGCCCCAAGCCCAUUCUUUCCUGUUGAAGAUGUACGAAAGGAUAAACAACAACAACAAUAAUAAUAAUAAUAAUAAUGAUAAUAAUGAUGAUGAUAAUGAUAAUAUUUGUUGCACGCUCACAAAUCAUUUAAGUUCUGGUUUCGGCCACAGUCGUCCUCUUUAUCCUCUCGACACACAAAUGAGGCCUUGAUCUCAAGUUGGACAAUUACAGAAGCAGAGAGAAGAGAGAGAGACAGAGAGAGAGAGCAGGUGAGCAUGAAACCGAAUCGUAACUUUAUUUGGUUUGUGUUACAUCCAGGUUUCUUACUAAUUAAUUAAAAAAGAAAAAUGCAGGUGAACUCCUCAGCAACGCUCAUGUAUGAUGGACCAUGUGUCCUGACGACCUUUGAAAACACUAUGUUGUGGUGGUUGUUGUCGUCGAGAACGUGACAAGGAAAUGUGGAGAAAAUGCAGCAAAGGCUGCGCCAAGUUCAAAGUUUAGAAAUAACGGUAACGCUUAGGUUUACGGGUUCUGUCGUUUCCAGCUGAUUUCCCUGGAAGCUUUCCUCAUAAUUUCCUCCACCGUUGAGCCGGUUUUCAGCUGUUAAGUCCAGGGAUGUCGUGCACCAGCAUAAGGGGAAAGUGUUGGUUGGGUACCUGCUCGAGAAAACUAGUAGGUUCACGUAACCGGUAGAGAGAAUGAGGAACGUACGCAGACAUCGGUAUGCACCGAGGUUUCCCGGAAGGCCCGGUAACAAUUCUCAAGUCUUGAUCCACACGGAUCGGUUUUAUGUCACAGGUCCGGUCUGUGGAAUUUCAUAUCACGGAGCGCGGGGUUUUUUUUUUUUUGUGGUUUUUUUUAAAUUUGUCGAGCAUCAUCAGUUUGAAACACGAAACUAAGGAAUUUUCACUGCAGCUGAAAACUGAAGAGGCGAAAAACCUGCAGUUCAGCCGAUGCUCAGCAUAAAAAGUCGGUCGGUGAAUAUUUCCAGACCAAGCGGAUCCAUCACACGUGGCAGCUCGAAGUCAGGAAGAAUUGAGAUUAAGAAUUAUUAAGUUCGUUUUUUCCAGGAAACUCGGACGGACAGUCACGUCUGUUGGUGAACUAGUUGUCUGUUUUUCCCCAUGUAAAUCUUUACAUUUCCCUACAUUUCCCUUAUAAUUAGGACCAACUUGCGUCGCGUCUGCCUUCCUUGGAAACAUCCUUGUAAAAACAGCUGAACAGCAGCUACUGUUGUUUUGUUUUUGUUUUUUUAAAUGACAUUUCCUUGAAAGCACAGGACCCGUAAAAUGAAGCGUUACCGAAUAAAGUUCCUAUGAUGAUUGUUCAGCUUUUCUCUGUCGAGCAGCAAACGCCUGCGGCCCGUUGCCUGGGGGCCUGGGGGCCUCGGGGGGCGGGACGGUGUUCGUAGGGUCCGGGUCAAAAUAAACUGCAACGCGUGCGUUUUCGUGUGAACGGGGGAACACUCACGAGUUUGUGAACAAGCGGCGGGAGCUCCGUGGCCUCGAGGAAUAGGACGCAUCAGGCGUCUUUUCGUGGGACUAGCUGACGGUGAGAGAAACGCCACCAGCCCGCGCCGGUGAGAAGCCCGAAUGUACUUUCUGCCUUAUUCUGCGCAAAACGUGCCAAAAUCAGCGCAUCUCAUUUGAUUGAAAGUGUUUCUUUUUUAUUUUUUCCCCACUAGUUGAGGAAACAGCAUUUCUUUGUGCGUUGCUUCGUGACGCGCACAAGGUCAGUCUACGCACAGGGCCAACUGCUGCAUGUUGAUUUUAUUUAAUCCUUUUUUUUCGGUGAGGUGGGUCGUGAAAUGGAGAAGCAGUGCUGAUUAAUUUCAUGCACAGUUUAAAUCUAGUGGGGUUUUUUUUUUUGGUCAUCCACUUGGUAAAAGUAAAAAGGAAACGACAGACCAUACGAGUGGCCUGUGCCUUCUAUGAUUCCACUGUCACUGUCAGACGUCCAGUCUCUGCCUGGGGAAAAUUCGGUGCAGCGAUGGGGAAAGAGCAGCGAAAGGAUCUGCCUCUGCAGCUGCCAACAUCCGGAUGAACGAGAGAAGAGAAGAGGUGAUUAAAAAUGUUAAUCAAUUCACCUGUGCAGUAAGUUUGAUGAGCAGAAGGUCUUUGGGGGGGGGUUGCCCUGGAUUUAACCUCUCGAGGUACACGCAGGCUGCCGUUCCCUGGGGGUGGUGGUGGUGGUUGGAAGACCUUCAGGCAGCAGUCGGGGCAGAAAGACCACCCGCCCCCCAGCUUUGGUUUUGAUUAGAAACAUACAGACGUGAUUAAACCUGUGAAAACGGACGUAAAGAGAGCUCCUUGCGGAGGAGACGCAAACGCCAGGUCAUCGGUCACCUGUCGAGGCAACGCGGUGGUUUCGAUCCCCCGCGUCUGGGACCAAACGCGCACCAUCGUCUUCACCGGUGAACUCGCGUGUCCGUGUCACUUUCAGCUCCUGGUACAUCUUCAGUUUUUGUUUUGUUUUGGUUUCUGGCUUUCGGAGAAACCCUCGAAGUCUCUGAACUCCGAAUCCACUUCUUCGGGAUUUUAAAAACGACGGCUCUCGAAAACUCUGUGAUUUCGGUGUCUUUUCCUUCGCGGGACUUUUACGGGUCACGAGCUGAUUGUUAGAUCCACCAGAUCUCGCUUUUUACGAACUGCGACCGGACGCAUCCUGAAACGUCUCCUGUGUUUUCACUGUCCACUUCAUGUUGUCACCGUUGUACUUUUAGAUCCUUGUCUCGGUUUGUUCGUGUGUUUGUUUUCUCAAGUUACAGUUUUGCAGACUUUUCUUUGAUG